AGAAAAGGAACUUUUGUGUUGAUCCCAAACCCAAUUCCCAAACUUGUGUCUUUCUCAGCACUAAAUUAAUACUAAGACAAAAUGUGAAAUCCUUUCCUCUCUACCCUUUCACUUUCCCUCUAAAAACUCAUUUUCAACAAAACGGUACACAACCCAAACCUUAACCACUACGAUCAACAGUCGGAAUGAGGCCGGGGAAAGAAGAGGACGAGUGGUGGAACGACGAGACGAUUAUUGAGCUAGGGUUGAAGCCGCCGGAUGAUCUCCGUUGCGAAAGGUCAGACGGCAAGAAAUGGAGGUGCAGCGGCUACAGGAUCCAAGGUAAACCCCUGUGCCAGAAGCAUUUUCUUAAACCACUUAUAGAACAUUUACGCCGUGAGAAAAGGGUUUCAGUGAUCAAGAGGGUGAGAAGGAGAGAAGAAGAGGAGCCGUCAUCCGUAGUGAAACCGCAGAAGAAACUGCGGGCAAGACGCAAUCUAAUAAGGGAUAGCGAUACGAGUGAUUCUGGUGAGAGUGAGACGCAUGAUUUAAGUGAAGAACCAGAGGAUGUAAAGCCUGUGAAGAAAUCUCCUUUACGUGAGACGAAAAUAGGGAGAAACGGAGAAGGUUACGAGGAGAAUGACGUACCAGAGGAUGUAAAGCCUGCGAAGAAAUCUCCUUUACGUGAGACGAAAAUAGGGAGAAAUGGAGAAGGUUACGAGGAGAAUGAGAGGAUGAUGAAAGAUAGUAGUGUGAAAGUUGAAAAUAAAGAUAGUUUAGAUGAUCAGAUAAAAAUAGGAGGUAAGGGUGAAAAGAAGGAAGAUCUGUUGUUUAAUGAGGGAUUUUCGGGAAGUAUAGAGGAAAAGAAUGUCAGCGCCAAUGAAUCAGAGGAGAAAGGUUGUUCCAAAUUGGUCAAAUCUGCUGAAAAGUGUGUCACAACUGAAUCUUCUUCGUUAGAAAAGGAUAGAAUGAAAGGGAUUUCACAAGAGGAAGAAGAACAUGGGGAUGUUGAGAGGGAUAGCAAUGAGAAUAAACCUGAAGGUGAGAAGGUUUGUGGAGUGGUUAAAAAAGGGAUUGGAUGUGAUUUAAGGAAAACGAAGUUAAAGGGGAGUAGAGAGGAUAUUCCAAGUGCCGAGGAGGAGAAAGAUGGUAACUUCUGUAAUUUAAAGAGGAAGCAUUCAGCUAAAUCACUGGAAUCUCUUGCAGAAGGUGAUAAAACUGCAUCUGUACUUAGGAGAAACAGUAGGAAAUUACCAGAGAAGAAAAGAGUGGAAGUUUCUUCUAAAAAGCAGGAUGAUGAUGACCAGGAUCACUGUGAAGAUCCAAAGGGCGUAAGAAGUAGUAAGGGUAAAAACAAGAAGAUCGACCCAAGAAGGAAGCAUUUUAGUACUGAUGACCCACUGGAUGAUUGCCAGAUGUGCCAUCAGUGCAUGAAAAGCGAUCGGAAGGUUGUUAGGUGCCUAAGGAGAUGUCGCAGACGCUAUUGUAGCCCUUGUAUUGAGAGAUGGUACCCACAUCUGUCAAAGGAAGAAAUUGCCGUGAAAUGCCCAUUUUGUCGUGGGAACUGCAAUUGCAAAGAUUGUUUACGCAAAAAUGUUAUCCUUAAGGAUCCAAAAUAUUCAGGAAUACCACUGGAAAAGAAAGAACAAAUUAAUUGCUUGAAGUAUCUUGCGAAUGCACUUCAUCCAUUUUUGAAAGCAUUUAUCCAUGACCAAACUAUUGAAAAGGAGAUUGAGGCAAAGAUUAAAGGAUUGUCACUGACACGGGUGUCGAUACCAAAAGCUACCUGUUAUGAGGAUGAGCGUGUUUACUGCAACAAUUGCAGCACCUCCAUUGUUGAUCUCCAUCGAAAUUGUUCGAUUUGUUCUUAUGAUCUAUGUCUGACCUGCUGUCAGGAAAUUCGAGAAGGUUAUUUUCUAGGAGAUGAAGAUGGAAGGCUGCCUGGAUGGAGAGCAACAGAAACUGGUGAUAUCCCUUGCCCACCAAAGGAAAGAGGUGGUUGUGGAAAUAACCACCUAGUACUUAAGUGUCUCUUUGGUGAAAAGCGAGUUCAACAGAUAAUGAUGGAAGUUGAAAACUUAGUCAAAGCAACUUCAUCUGCCAAUGAGACCUUCUCUAUUAAAGAACAGUGUUCCUGUAACUCUAAAAAUAGGAGGAAAGCAGCUUCGAGAUCAGAUUCUGAUGACAAUUAUUUGUUCUGCCCUGCUGCAAGCGACAUCCAGGAAGGGCACCUGGAACACUUCCAGACACAUUGGAGAAUGGGAGAACCUGUCAUUGUAAGCAAUGUUCUUGAAUUGGCAUCUGGAUUAAGCUGGGAACCUAUGGUCAUGUGGCGUGCAUUCCGUAAUAUAGCAAUCAAGGAGGGCUCAUCAGAUUUGAUGGUGACGGCAGUUGAUUGUCUUGAUUGGUGUGAGGUGGAUAUAAAUAUUCAUCAAUUUUUUAAGGGUUAUGUUGAAGGUCGAAGGCACCGACGAAGUUCCUGGCCCGAAAUGCUUAAGCUUAAGGACUGGCCCCCAUCUACAGAAUUCGAGAAGCGGUUGCCUCGCCAUGGAGCAGAAUUCAUUAGAGUCUUGCCAUACAAAGAAUACACACAUCUGCAUUCUGGUAUUCUUAAUGUUGCUUCCAAACUUCCAGAUGGUAUACUGAAGCCAGAUUUGGGUCCAAAAACAUAUAUAGCAUAUGGAUUUGCCGAAGAACUUGGACGUGGAGAUUCUGUGACAAAGCUUCAUUGUGAUAUGUCUGAUGCGGUGAAUAUUUUAACGCAUACCGCUGAUGUAACUAUUGAUAAGCAGCAGCUUUCAAAAAUUAAUAAGUUGAAGGAACAAUACGCUUCUCGUGAUCAAGAAGAACUCUAUAGUACCGAUAGAGAUGAUCAUCUAAUUCUUAAUAGUGAUUUUGCAUCUGCAAAACAAGAAAAAGGAAGUGAUUUUUUUUCCUCUGACCGGAAUGUGCAAUUGGAGGGCGGGUUAUCUUCUGAUCAGGUGGUUGAUCCUGGAAACAAGUUUGACGGUUCAGAGGAAGAAAAUGGUGGUGCAGAAUGGGAUAUCUUUAGGAGACAGGAUGUUCCCAAGCUCGAGGAAUAUCUUAAAAAGCACCACAAGGAAUUUAGGCACACGCGUGGUUCUCCGGUGGACCAGGUUGUUCACCCAAUUCAUGAUCAAGUUUUCUACUUAACUGUGUAUCACAAGAAGAAACUGAAGCAAGAGUUUGGCAUUGAACCAUGGACAUUUGUACAAAAACUUGGAGAAGCAGUUUUCAUACCUGCUGGGUGUCCUCAUCAAGUUAGAAAUCUGAAGUCUUGUAUAAAGGUUGCUCUAGAUUUUGUCUCACCUGAAAAUGUGGGCGAGUGCAUUCGCUUGACUGAGGAAUUUCGUAUUCUUCCCCCAAAGCACAGGGCUAAAGAGGACAAAUUGGAG